CAUUUUAUCUCCCAUUUUUGUUUUCACUAAUAUCUUACGUAGGCUAUACUAAGAUUAUUUGUGGUUCAGGUGCAAACAUGUGGGCAGAAGAUGACUUGGGCCCAGGUGCUCCACCAUGCCUCCAGAGUUAUACAGCUCCAGAAGAAGGCAAAGUCUAUAUAAUGUAUCAUGGCACAUCCGUACAGGCUGCGCUAAAUAUUUUCAAAGAGGGUUUUCAGCAGUCUGUUGAUGGCAUGCUUGGACCUGGUGUCUACCUCAGCCGAGAUCUAAAGAAGGCCUCCAGAUACCCUUUACAUCUACCUGAGUAUCUGAGAGGGAUUGUGAGAGUAAAAGUCAAUGUUGGGAGAGUAAAGAAGAUUGACUAUCAAGGUCAUCCAAUGCAGAAAACCUGGCAUGAUCACGGGUACGACACUGCCUGGUGUCCUCCAUACUGUGGCAUGGUGCCAAGUGAUCUUGAAGAAGACUGUGUUUGGGAUCCAAGACGAAUCACUGACAUUGAUUUAAUUAGUCCAAUGCAAGAGGAGCAAAGUUCUUUACCAGUAGAAGGUAAAGUCUACAGAAUGUAUCAUGGCACAUCAAGAGAGAAUGCUGAAAAAAUCAAAGUCUCUGGCUUCAAGCAGUCUUCUGGUGGCAUGCUUGGACCUGGUGUCUACCUCAGCCGAGAUCUAAAGAAGGCCUCCAGAUACCCUCUGGAUCUACCUGAGAACGAGAGAGUGGUUCUGAGAGUGAAGGUCAAUGUUGGGAGAGUGAAGAAGAUUGACCGUCAAGGUCAUCCACUGCAGAAAACCUGGCACGAUCAAGGGUACGACACUGCCUGGUGUCCUCCAAACUGUGGCAUGGUGUCAAGUGGUCUUGAAGAAGACUGUGUUUGGCAUCCAAGACGAAUCACUGUCAUUGAUUUAAUUAGUCCAAUGCAAGAGGAGCAAAGUUCUUGUAGAAGCUGUUUUGUCCAAGUACACAAGAAGCUGUUGAACACAAACUCCAACCGGCAGGUCGCGGUGCACAAUGCAGCCUGCCAGCCAGGUCCAUGCGGGAAGCGCGGGGGCCUCCGUCGGCAUGGGCUCAUCCCGCGGAGAGGGAGCCGCCGGCCUGCUCACUGGUCGCUGGGUGCCCUUCGGCGCGCAUCGCUCCUGGACCACCCUCCGGGGAAACGGUGGCGCUCGCUCCCCAGCAUCCUGAUGUUGGGCCGCAUCCGCCAGCUCGACAGCCUCCACGACCUCCAAGGUGGUGGUUGGGUUCCUCAUUCCAACUGCCUGUCCAUGAGAUCGGGGAAGGGCUCGGAGAAGACGGUCUAUCACCACGCGUUCCGCCACCUGUCCAGCCGAUGGAGCCCCCUCCAGCAGCCAGUGCUGCGCGAGUCGGCUGAGAACGAGAGAGUGGUUCUGAGAGUGAAGGUCAAUGUUGGGAGAGUGAAGAAGAUUGACUAUCAAGGUCAUCCAAUGCAGAAAACCUGGCACGAUCAGCGGUACGACACUGCCUGGUGUCCUCCAAACUGUGGCAUGGUGUCAAGUGGUCUUGAAGAAGACUGUGUUUGGGAUCCAAAACGUAUCACAGUCAUUGGUGAAAUUCGCCCAAAAACACAAGGAGCUCAGGAUCCAUCAGACUGUAAUGUCUAUACAAUGUAUCAUGGCACAUCCAGGGAGGCUGCUGAAAAAAUUAAACGCGAGGGUUUUCGUCCAUCUACUCAUGGCAUGCUUGGACAUGGUGUGUACGAGAGUCAGCACCCCUCGAGUAGUGUGUCCAUGCCACUGCAUCUACCUGAGAACCAGCGAGUGGUUCUGAGAGUGAAGGUCAAUGUUGGGAAAGUCAUAAGGAUUGACCGUCAAGGUCAUCAACAUCAAUAUACCUGGCAUGAUAUGGGUUAUGAUACUGCCUGGUGCCCUCCAAACUGUGGCAUGGUGCCAAGUGGUCUUGAAGAAUUUUGUGUUUGGGAUCCAAGACAAAUCACAGUCAUUGAUGAAAUUCACCCAAUGCCAGUACCUGGAUAACUACUGUUAAUGAAGUCUGUUUUCCCAUCAAGUGUGGCAUUUGUAGUUCUGAAAUGUUUUUUUUGAAAAUGUUAUUUAAAUGUAUAACU